UAAUAAAUAACAUCAAAGAAGAUAACAAAAGAUAUUAAAGAUGUUUUUACUGGCCUUUACGUUCAAAAUAUUGACGAUUUGCGGUUGUGGACGACUGGAUUCUUGGCCGACUCCAUACAAACGGUUAGUUUAUCAUGUAUAUACUAUUUUCGUAAUGUUACUAAUAUACACAUUUAUGCUAUCGCAAUUGAUGGAUCUUAUUAUAAUCGUGGAUAAUUCCAACGAUUUCACCGAUAACUUCUACGUGCUACUCGCUAUGAUCGUUUCUUGCUGUAAGAUGCUCGCUCUGUUGAUGAAUCGUAGCAACAUUGAGAUGUUAAUCAAAACUCUUAUGAGAAAACCAUUUCGACCGGUUGAACCCGACGAGAUGAAGAUUCGACAGAAAUUCGAAAAACUCAUACAGUCAAAUACGCUUUACUAUACUAUCCUAGUCGAGACAACGUGUCUGUCUGUUGCCGUGACAUCAUUAUUAACUGAAUUCAAGAAAGGAAAUUUGACAUUCCGAGCAUGGCUGCCAUUUGACUAUUCCUCAUCGCAACUUUUUCUAUUUGUAUACGCUCAUCAAUUGAUAAGUUUUACAAUGGGAUCUGUACAUCAUGUGGCUUGCGAUAGUCUCAUAUGUGGAUUCCUGGUGCACAUUUGCUGUCAGAUAGAGAUAUUGGAACAUCGUCUGAGGAAAAGCGCACGUGAUCCUAAUAUUCUUCGCGAGUGUGUCCUUCAGCACAACAACAUAUUCAAGUUUGCUCGUAUAGUAAACGAAAAAUUCAGAAUAACUAUAUUUAUCCAGUUUGUUGUAAGUACAUUGGUGAUGUGUUUUAAUCUGUAUCAAUUUACCAAGUCAACAGCAUUAAGAACAAAAUAUAUGCAGUUAAUAAUGUAUACGUGUUCUAUGCUGUCACAAAUCUUUCUCUAUUGUUGGUAUGGAAACGAAGUUAAAUUGAGAAGUCGACAGUUGAUAAAUAAUAUAUUUGAGAUGGAAUGGUUCAAAUUCAAUGAAACUGCUCAGAAAACUUUACUAAUGGUCAUGAGACGUGCUGUAGUACCAAUUGAAUUUACUAGUGCCUGUGUUAUUUCUAUGAAUCUGGAUUCGUUUGUGAGUUUACUCAAGACAUCGUAUUCGGCUUAUAAUAUACUUAAGCAAACACAAAGUUCAUAAUGUUGGAUAUAUAUAUAGCAAAAAUAUCGGUGACAUCAACGCAAUGUGAAUCUAUGUCACAAAUAUGUGAAUAUGAAUAUCACAUGUAUACAUAUAUAAAAUCUUAUUAUCAUAUAAUACAGAUAAUUAUCUCUCGUAUUAUUGAUAUCAUAAACAGAAAAAAAAAACUAAAAUAUUUGUGUACUACAAUUUCUAUUACAACUCAUUUUGAUAUACGGAUUUUACUUAUAUUGCACAAAUAUAUUAUUAGAAGUUGCAUUUGUAAUAAAUUAA